AUGGAUUCCAUAAUAGGACCUAUACCAUUCAUGACCCGAAUUUACCUCUCGACGUCAGUCUUUCUGAUGAUAUUAUGUUCCUUGGAUAUUAUUAGCCCAUUAAACCUAUAUAUGAGCUGGACGUUGGUAUUUCAGGGCGAAGUUUGGCGAUUAAUUACAUGUUUUGUGUAUUUCGGGUCGUUCGGGAUGAUAUUUUUCUGGAAUAUAUACGUUUUGAUCCACUACUGCAGCUCAUUGGAAAGCGUAACAAUGCAUAACAAACCAGCAGAUUUUCUGUGGAUGCUAAUUUGUAAUGGAGCAAUGUUAUUAGCGUUGGCUCAAAUAUUUGGACAUAGUAUGUUCUAUGGUGGAACCAUGAUUAAUAUUUUAACAUAUAUUUGGGGAAGGAAAAACCCAUAUAGUAGAGUGGGUAUCAUAUUUCUAUCGGUUCCAGCCCCUUAUCUACCAUGGAUUUUGGCUAUAUUGUCCUAUAUGGCAGAUUAUUUGCUUAACGAAAAUCUAUUGGGGAUCUUCGUUGGACAUAUUUACUACUUCUUUACAGACGUUUUCCCCAAAAUGCCAAUCUCCGGUGGACGUCAAAUAUUUGCAACGCCAGAGUUCUUGAAAAUUCUUUUAAAUCAAUACGGUUAA